UUGUUAAAUUGCCAAUACUCAGAGUCUCACGUCUGCCAGAUAGCCAAGAGUGGUGGAACCAGCUGCACCGUUUCUAAAUUCAUCCCAAUCGAUCGAUCUGAUCGCCAUCAAUAUAGUCCAACGGCUUUUCUAGAAGUGCAAGAAAGUGGACUCUUAUUUUUAUAAAUCAGGCGAACUAGUCAGUGCAAUUAAAGUAUUCUGUCGCGAACUUUCUCUAUAUUUAAACUGCAUUUCCAAUUGACUUCCUUAAUUCCUGAUCUCGAAGUCAUCACAGAUAUUGUCCCACAUUGAUUUAGUGCGUGACGACACCCAAGGGAUAUUGAGAGUCUUUGCAAAGUGAACCAAACCCAAAAUGGGUAUUCCUGAUCUUCGAUUGCUUGCUCAAGUUGAAUUCGAAGUCUUCGGACAUGUUCAAGGUUGUGGCUUCACCAAAUGCUGUCGCGACCUUUGUGCCAAAUCAGAUAUUCGCGGUUGGGUGAAAAACUCAAAACGUGGAACAAUCGUGGGAAAGAUGCAAGGACCAAAAGUUGAAGUUGAUAAAAUGAUCGAAUGGCUAUCAACCGUUGGCUCGCCCGGAUGCCAAAUCGAAAGAUGCGAACUAUCAAACUGGAAGACUCUCGCGAGAUUGGACUACAAGGACUUCUCAAUAAGAUUUUAAGGAAUUGUGCUGUUUGCAAGAAUCUGUUAUUUAUAUAUUUUCCAAGAAAUCUGUGUCCGUAAAUGUAUAUUUAUUCGUUGUGUCCUUUUGUAAAAUAAUUUUAUGAUACGUAAAAAAUAAAAACAAAUAUGAUAUUUUAUUUA